AUGAAACUUUUAUUGUUUUUGACUCUUUUUAUUAGCUCUUAUGCUGAUUUCGGAUUCACUGGACAAAACGGAAUCAUAAAUGCUCACAACACUCUUCGUUCCAAAAUUGCCAAGGGAACUUAUGUCGCCAGAGGAACCCAGAAGCCUUCAGGAACUAAUAUUUUGAAAAUGAAAUGGGAUACUACGGUAGCUGCUUCUGCUCAAUCUUACGCUAAUCGAUGUCCGACUGGUCAUUCUGGAACUGGUGGACUCGGAGAAAAUCUUUAUUGGUAUUGGACUAGUGGAUCCCUUGGAGACCUCAACCAAUAUGGUGCCGCUGCUUCUGCUGCGUGGGAGAAAGAGUUUCAAGACUAUGGAUGGAGCUCAAAUCUUCUAACAAUGGAUUUGUUUAACACGGGAAUCGGACAUGCUACUCAAAUGGCUUGGGCUAAAUCAAACUUGAUUGGAUGUGGAGUCAAAGACUGUGGAAGAGACACGAAUGGGCUGAACAAAGUAACCGUUGUCUGUCAGUACAAACCUCAAGGAAACUACCGCAACCAAUACAUCUACCUCUCUGGUCAAACUUGCUCUGCUUGCCCAUCCGGUUAUUCAUGUGAAAGAAGUACUGGUCUUUGUGUUUGA